AUGGGGGCCCUGAAGGCAGUGGGGCUUCUGAGUGGAGGAAAAGAUAGCAUAUUCGCAAUGCACUAUGCGCGUGAGCUCGGUCACAGUAUCUGCGCAGUGGCGACAUUGCUGCCGCGGGGAGACGCCAUAGAAACUGACAGCUACAUGUACCAGUCUGUUGGCACCCACAUGACUGCGGCGAUCGCCGAGUGUUUGGGUGUUCCGCACUUCAGUGCGCAAGUCAAUGGCCAGCCAAUCCUGACGGAAACCCUUAACUAUAAACAUACUGCUGGAGAUGAAGUGGAGGACCUUUGUGCUUUGCUUUUGCGGGUGAAAACUCGGACCACAGUGGAGGCGGUGAAGGCGGAGGGCGGGGCAGGUGGCCCCGGGGAAAGGAAGCAGUCGAGUUCUUCUGAGACCCUGCUGCGUGAAAUGGUCAACUGGGGACUCCAUGCAGUGCUUGUCAAAACUGCUUCUAUGGGACUUACGCGGAAGCACUUGGGACAUACCAUUAGUGACCUUCUGCCGUACUUUGUCUCUCUAAACCGCCAGUACGAUUUCCACAUAUGCGGCGAAGGAGGGGAGUAUGAAACCUUGACGCUCGAUUGCCCUCUGUUCGAGAAGGGCUCAAUCGAGGUUUCAAAUUGGCAGCCAAUUUGCCACAGUGACGACCCUGUGGCGCCGGUUUGGCUUUUAUCCCCCACAGAGUGGCGCGUGGUGCCGAAAAGCUGCGCACGAAUUGCACAUCCACUAGCAGCAAAUACAGCCUCAGCUCCCAUGAGGCUGCACGCACUUGAACGUGGGCGUUUUGAACCUUAUCAGGACAACAUUCGCCAUGCUGUAAGCAUUUGGGGUUCAGAGGAAGACGCCGACAGUGCUCAAACUGCGUCAUUGAGUGAGCCACUUGAUGUCCUCCUUGGGUGGCGCAAGAACAGCAAGUGGAACUUACAAGUUCAAAGUUCUUCUUCAGGGUGCAUCGUUAGUGCAGAUGUAUGCGAGGAAAGCGCGGACGCAGAUGUCUCUCUUGAUGGUUCUACGGCAACUGAACCCAGAGAUUUUGUUGCUGAAUUGCUGAAGUCGCUUUCCUCCAGCUUGCAAGAAUGGCUUGACGACCAACUGAGGACAAUGCGGAGAAACUCCAGGAGUGCUCACCCUGUGCAAACAAUCUGUCAAGUGUGCAGCUUAGAACUCAGUCGCACUGUCGAGAAUGUGUUCAUCUCAAGACGUGCAGUGCCUCACCCUAUGACCUUCUUCGUCACGUCCUUGCCUCGCCGCGUUGCACUGCGACUCGCGAUUGUUUGGAGUCUUUCCGAAGGCUCAGGUCCCAGCCUUGAUGCCUUUUUCAACUAUCCUGGUGAUAACGGGAUGCUUCAUGUGCACAGUCAGAACCUGUGGGUACCGCCAUGCGAUGAAGGCGAGGCCAACGGCUCGCAGGACCAUUCAUUGGAACGCAGCUGUUGCACAUGUCAGGGCCUGCGCUGUGAGCUGGCUUCGAAUUGGCACCCUGGUGUAUCUCACGUGUUCAUUCGCGGCAUUGAUGGCAGUUUCCCUUUUUCUGGAAGGUUGCCUGACAUGAUUAGCAACCCCUCGCUUCGUGCCCUUGCUGGAGAGCUUGGUGAGUUAAGGAAGUCCGACCAAGGGCUACACGUGGCUUUGCAAGCUGCCAGCUCAUUUGUAAACGUACAGCACGCGCUGCAUCUUUGCAAAGUUGGCGGCGCAAACCGUGGCUUGCCGCAUAUGUUUGGGGCUCCUGCAACUUCAGAAGCCUUGAAGGACACGCAGCGGUUGCCCAUAGACGUUCCUUCUUGCAUUUUAGCAUUUGUCAAGCUGGAAAAACCAGUUACAGAGUCGGCAUCAACGGCUGAAAUGCCAGGACGCUCUGACAGAAAGCUAGAAGCUGUGAAACAUCUUCUUCACGGCCUUCUGGACAGCUCGAAAACGCGCAGCGCACAUCUCCGUGUCAAUACACAAUCGGCUACCCAGACCAUUGUUGUCGUUGUCGAGGUUUCGGAUCUUCCGCGAGGCGCAAAGGUUAUGGUGCUUCCGCUGUGGGAGGUGGCAUUCCAGAGCAGUGAGACUCCCUUCUCCCGUUCGUGCUCAAUUCAAGAAUUGCACCACCGGGGUGAUACAUACAGCGCUACAGUCACAACACUGAAAAUUUGCCCAGGGAUCUCCCAUGAUAGAGAGGUUACUUCAAAAACUGCUGACUCUGGCGUUUCUUCUUGCUUGAUGUGCAUUUCGUUUCAACAAAGCAACUGCACUGGCUCCAGUACUCUGGAGAGCUUUUGGGGGCAGCUCGACAAGACGCUGACUCUGAGCUUGGGGAAAGAAAUGGGCACCGCCCAGUUUCUUGGCUUGACAGACUUCAAUAAUAGCAAGAGGCCAACCACGGGGCAUGGGAACAAACGGAUUCAUGACAUAUAUGUGUUUUACUCCCGUCCUUUUGCAUGCUCGUUUGGUGUCGAUCUGAAAUUCUUCGAAGAAAAUUGCCGUCGUCGCAUCGUGGCAGCUUUGAGUGGGACGGCAUCCGCCACUUCAGAGUUACCCCUCGUUAUAUUUAUCCCCGUUGUUAAUAUCGAAGGGGGGUUCUUGAAGAUUGUUGCGUGCUCCAUAUAG